GGCGUGUUGUUGGAACAGCGCUGGCACUGCUAUCCAAGAUGGCGGCUGGACAGAGGUGUUUAUAAACCUGAAGACAGAAAAUCGUCUGUUUUACGCUACAGUUGCUGUUCUAGAGAAGAAGUGAAUAAACAAUGCAGACAGUGCUGUUCCAUGUAGGACUCCUUCCUUUAUCCUGAAGCUGAGGAACUUUUCCCCCGAGUUCGUGACCCUUGAAGAAGUAGGAGGAUCUGGCAGUAAAGGAAAAGAAGCCAACACAAAAUGAAGACCAUAGUGAAGUUUCAGAUUCUCAUCGCCUUCUGUUUGGUUGGCACCGUCUUCAUUUUCUCAUAUCUUCAUCCAGAGAUUUAUCACUUCAGGAGGACAAACUCGAGUCCUGCCCCCUCCCGACGUAGUCAAACAGUCCAGGAUGUUCUACACAAUGUACAGGGCUCAGACUCGGUUAACAAGACCUUAGGAGAAGCUGCUAUGUUAGAAGGGAGUCACAAGACGCCAUUGGAUAACCCCUACAACGAGUCGAGUCCCAUCUCACAAGGUGAAGAAAAGGACAACGAAGAAAACGAUCCCAAGAAAAACGAGGUUUUGCAGCAGGAAGAUAAGGAGCCACCACCAGCAGAGGAAAAGGAAACUGAUACCAAAGAACAGGAGGAAAAGAAAAAAGAAGAGGAAAGGAAGGAAGAAGAAAAGAAAGAAGAGGAAAGGAAGGAAGAAGAAAAGAAAGAAGAGCCUCCGAAGGAAGAACCAAAGGAGCCUGAAGAAAAGGUGCCAGAGAAACCGUUGAACUCAGAGUUAGACCUGAACACUGAGGUGGAAUCUCGAAAACACAGGAACCCCCACCCCUACAAGUUGACGAUGAACCAUCCCGACAAGUGCAAGGACCAGGAUGUUUUCCUCAUCGUCAUCAUCAGCACCAUCCACAAGAACGUGGAAAACCGAAGAGCCAUCCGGGACACGUGGGGCAGCGAGGACAGCGCUCCAGGAUUCGUCAUCAAACGUCUUUUCGCGCUCGGUAAGACCAGUGACCCAAACAUGCAGGCCUUGGUGCAAAAGGAGAACGAACAGUUCGGCGACAUUAUACAAGAAGACUUUGUGGACACCUAUCACAACCUGACACUGAAAACUGUCAUGUGCCUGCGCUGGGUCUCCAACUACUGCGCACACUCCAAAUACUUCAUGAAAACUGAUGACGACAUGUAUGUCAGCUUCGCAAACCUGGCCAAAGUGCUACAAGCGCUGCCGCCCGAGAAGUCUCGAAGAAUGGCCAUGGGGUACGUUAUAACUGGAGCACCCAUCCGCAACCCCAAAUCAAAGUGGUACAUGCCGAAAGAGACGUAUCCCGGCAACAAGUACCCACCGUUUUGUUCGGGAACAGGCUACAUCGUGUCUACGGACAUCUGUGGUGAGCUGUAUCGGACAUCCUUAGACAUGCAAUAUCUCUAUCUAGAAGAUGUUUUUGUGGCGACAUGUUUUGAGAAAAUCGGUGUGGUUCCCCAGGGACAUAAGGACUUCCACAACUGGAGGGUGGGGUAUAAUUAUUGCACAUAUAAGAGGAUACUAACAGCACACAUGGUGACACCACCAGAGAUGAUUAGGAUAUGGAAGGACCAGAAGGCUCAUAAUAGAAGAUGUUAGCAGAGCCUUUUGGUCCUCUCUGUGAGAGUUGGUUUCUUUGUACAGCACACUGUCUAUACUGCUUAUUUGCACCCAUGUGACUAUAACUGUUACUUCAUGGCUGUCUCCAGCAUCCGUCAACUGUGCAAUCAAAAUUUACACAAAAGUUAACAUUAAGAGAAAGCCACUUGAAAUUCACCCCACAUAAUGCAUCAAAUAGCAUUUUGGGGGGUUACAUUUAAAAAAAAUUGGAGCCUGUGUCAAACUAAGCAAACGGACAAACUCUUAAAGCUGGGGAGAUUCUUAUCCACCAUAUUGGAUGGUUUAACACUUGAAUUUGCCAGGUAAAUUUGAAUUUGUAAAAACUGAUUUUAGUCAUGUAAUUAUGGCAUUAUGGUAAAUACUAAAUACUGUCCAUUAUGGCUGUAACAUUAACUGAUAGUGUGUUAGCCAGUUAUGUUGCAGCUUAUGAAUAAAAAUUGUAGCUGCUGCCAUACUCAAUUCCUUCAUAGUCACAUGAUGGCAAACACAUUAUAUACAGGAUUUGCAUAUAAGUUCAAGAGGCCCAAGUGCAAUGAAGGCACCAUGUGAUAAUCUAUAGUGAUAUCACAGAACAACUUUGAAUUUGUAAAAUAAUGAAAUAUUACCACAGUGCAGUAAGUGCCUAUAAUUAGAGCAUGUACUCAUGGCCAUACCAAAUUAUUCUGUUGGUUGAAUUUGAAAGUUUAAAAAUCAGCAACAUUGCAAGAUGAAAACAGAGACCUAGCUGGGACCCAGCUGAUUGAUGGGCCUCAGACUCUGUUUUCUUCUUCUUUAUUUUUAAUUUUAGUGGUGAUGGUUUGUUAUCAAGAUGACAACUUUAUGAUCUUAGCAUUAUUUCUGAAAGAAUAGCCAACAAAUCAAAUUGGUAUGACCAAAACAAUGUGUUAUUAGUGCUUAGAGAGCUGUAUUGUAUAUGUGUUUCUUUGUAUUAGAAUGAUGUAUUUUUCAAGUCAGACAUUUUUCUGCUCACUAGCUUUCAUUUAAACUCAGACUGUUCACUCAACUUUAAUGCCUCCUGCAAUUUCAUGAAAGAGGUUUUAAUUCUUAAUGAAAUUUAGACAGUGCUCUACACAGUCUGUAUUAUUCGCUAUGGUCAAUAAUAGCAUAAAUACCUUGGUCAUUGUUGCGUACAAAGUGAUGACAUUAGCUGUAUAGGGUGUGAUGCAUUGUGGGUAAUAUGUCAAAGAUGAAGGCCUCAAAGAAAGCACAUCUGAACAAGGAGUUAGAGGCCUUUAACCUCUGACCUCAAGUGUGCACAGCACAAACUAUGAACCCACUUAUACUGCAUACUUUUAGUUGUAUAUGCAUUUCUGUUUCAUUGCCAAAAUGUUAACUUCUCAAUACAUGUACCAUUUAUCUAUGUAUAAUACAUGUGUGUAUAUACAAUCUAACAAAAGUUGAUACUGCACUUGAAAAUAGGUAACUUGCAAGAUAAUGACAUUUACAAUUUGCAACAAAAAGACAAGGUUUCUUCUUAACAAUGUAUAUCAAUCAAGCUUUAUAGCAACUUGUUGUCCAGCAUUUUGUUUUCUCCCCAUGCACCCCUCACACCCAGAAUUUACAAUUUAACAAGGCCACACCAAUAUUAUUCCAUGGUUCUUGGGCACUUUUAUGUAAAAUUUCAACUAGAGAACAUCAUGAAAACAGAGGGCUAGGACAAAAACUGACAUCUGACUGAUCAGUUCUGUGUUAAUAUUAAGUCUAGCAUUAUUCUUUUUAAUCCCAGAACCAAAAAAUUGGUGUGGCCCAAGGGCACAUUUUAGUAAACAUCUUCAACCUGAUAAGAUAGCAAUUUAGCAAUGAUCAGUUUUCUUUCUAUGUUGUGGAUAUAAGGUUGUUACUAUUGGACUACUAAUCGGAACACUAUAUGCUAAUACGAGAAAGCUGUACUUUAUUGGUGAAGUUUUUGAGGAUGACAAUAAAGAGUAUUAUUAUGCUG